GACUGUGUCUGUUCUGAGUAUCAACACAGGCACAAGAACCUCAGCAAGGGCUACACUUGGGAUCUGUCAAGAGAUCGUGAACGAGAAAGAUGCAAACAAGAGAAGAACUUUCUGGAGAAGAAAACAGUUCCUUGCACAUGGAAAGAGGAAUUCAAAUACAGACCAGGAAUUCCAUGAUGACCACCAAGUCAGAUGGCUCCCUACAGGUUCCUGUUCCAUGUGCUGUUCUUGCUGUCAUCAUUAUUGUCACUUUGGUCAUAACAAUAAUUGCCUUGUCAGUGGGCCAAUACAACUGUCCUGGAAAAUAUGUAAGGCAAAAUACAUCUCCAUCGGUGACAUCGAUGCCAUUGGAUCUUCCUGCUUCCUCAUGCCCAGAUUCCUGGAUUGGAUACCAAGGCAAAUGUUACAUCUUUUCCAGCACUACAGGGAGCUGGUCCACCAGCCAAACUGCCUGCUCUUCCCAUGAUUCAACUCUUGCUCAGAUUGACUCUAAGAAAGACCUGAUUUUUCUCAAACGAUAUGCGAGCAAUGUUGAGCACUGGAUUGGACUGAGAAACGAAAGAGGCCAGGCAUGGCGAUGGACAAAUGGCAAGGAAUUCAACGGCUGGUUCAACCUCACAGGAUCAGGGAACUGUGCAUACCUUAAAAGUACUGAGGUCAGCAGCGUCAACUGCCAGAAAGAGCUACACUGGAUCUGUAGCAAACCCACCAAACACUGAGAGUACGUUAUUGUGGAUGUGAUUGGAACUCAAAGAAACUAGUCUCUCAGUGGGUUUGCUUACUCCAUGUAAGAAUUUCUCCUUAAAGACAUUCAUUCUCUUCUCUAUUGGUAAGAGACUUGGGAAAUCUCUUGAGUCAUUUGGAAAGCCCUAGAGGGACCAGUCUUUACCUAGUUUCCCUGAUAUUGAUACCUGACUGAUACCUGAGCACACUACGAUGCUUGAUAAGAUGUCUCUCUAGGACGUGGUUAAAGACUGCUUUGCUAUAAAAGCCCAGCUGCUUAGGCUGAAAUGUCUCUGGAUGGAAAUGACUUAUAAGAUAUCAUCACCAUCAGAUCAAGAACCAGAGGAUAUGAUCAGAUAGCUAUAUGAAUAAGCACCUGCUGAAUGCAGUAGAGCGAAUUAAGAAAGAAGGGAAGUAAGAGGAUGAAAAAAAUCCAACAACUUCAACAGCAGCUUACUACAAGGCUUAAGUGCUACCAAAAUGCUAAAGGGGAAACAUACAUACAUACAUACAUAUAUAUAUACACACAUAUAUAUAUAUAUAUAUACACACACACAUAUAUAUAUAUAUUCUAAUAAAUGCACACAAACACCUUGGAGAAUUUCUCCUGCAGAGAUUUCUAGCAGCCACCCCAGGCCCAGAGUCCAUGCCUAGAGAGAAAAUUAAUAAAGUGGAUGGAUUCUCAGACAGCAGUGAAAACCUCUUAUAGGACCAGGAUAAUCCAGUUCAUGUUGAAAGUUCUAAGAGAAGAAGAUGAGGAGAUUUUGGUUUGGGAGAUUCCUAUGGUCAUGGAAAGUUUGGAUCAAGUCCAGGAAGUCAUUUUAAAGAAGAAUCUGAUGGAUAAUGGAAGUGGUCUUAGAUCUGGAGGUGUUUACAAUGGAGAUGGAGGACUAGAUGACUAUUUUCAAAGUGGUCCUAGUUAUGGAGGAGACUAACCUUUAAAUAGCUUUCUCUCUCUAAACCAAAGAUAAAAUAAGGACACUUUCACCAUGUGCCCAAUUGUUUGAAAAAUGAAUGAAUUCAAUACUUGCUUUCUGUCCAUCUGGUAUCCAUGGUGAAGAAACACUUAAAAGACAAUAAGCCUUGAAUAUUAAAUCUUAGAAACUUCAGGAAGAAAAAAAAAACAACAACAAAAGUAGUCUAUUGGCCUUUUCCUUCUUUAGUGCGGAGAGACCAGGACAAAGGCUGCCUUUCAAAGACCUUACAUGUUUCUAUUAAGUACAGGUUAUCAUCUCAACAUCUAUUCCCUGAGAAAGAAAUGGAGUGUCUUGGGGAACCCUGUAAUAAAGAAGCCUAGACUAAUCUUUCUGUGAGCCAGAAAAUCUUAUAGUCAUAUUAAUUAAGAAUCACUCCUACAGAGGAAGAGUUAACUUUAAAAAAAAUCUAGAUGGAACUUGGUGGAGUGUUGGGCAUUGUCACAAAGAUCUGAAUUCGUGUCCUGUCUCAGAUAGCAAUUAGCUAUGUGACCUUCGGCAAGUCAUUUCACUUCUCAGCCUGUGUUUCCUCAUCUGUAAAACAAGGAAGUUAGAUUAAAAAACUUCUAGGGUCCUUUUAAAUCUAUGACCCUAUGCACUUUAUGUUUCUAUAGUGCCUUUGUUAAGCAUAAUAUUCUAAAACAGCACCGAGACUGAAUUCAAAAUUAUUUAUUGUUUGCUGACCACUUGGUAACAUUGCACAAAAUGAAGGAGUUUCUGUGUGAAUAUAACCUGAAUGUAAAAAUCUGGAGAUGUGGUAAUUGUCAUCACCUCUCAGCGCUCCUCCCCUCCCCCCAAAAAUUAUAUUUCAUAACAAAGACACUGGGUUCAAAUGCAGUUUGCACCUCUCUAAAUACAUUUUUUUUGUUUUUUUUUUGUUUGUUUUUUACUGAUAAAUAUGAUGUUAAGCUGAAUAGGAUCUCUGUCUCUCUCACUGUCUCUAUAUAUCUGUCUCUCUGUCUCUUUUGUCUCUAUCUCUCAAAGUCUGUCAGUAGACUAAGAGGGGCAAAUUGACUUGUAACAUCAUUCAAUCUCUAAUUUCUAUGUUUUUGUUAAACAUUGAAGGGUUUAUUUUCUUUACUCAAAUAUUAAAAUGAAUCAGUGAUCUCAUUUAUAUGAAACUUCAAUUUUGCUGAAAAAUCCAUACAAUCCUUUUCCUUUGAUAGCUAGGCUCAUAUUUAUAGUAUUGUACAGAGAUAAGGAAUAGGAGAAAAGGAUGGAAUCUGUCUGUAAUAGAUAAGAAUGCCAAAAAUGUGCAAUAUAUGACAUAGCUAUUUCUAAACUUAUAGGAAAGAAAAAUUGACCAUUUAAAGCUGAGAAAAAUCAAUUUCUUCAGCUGAUGAUACAUAUAGCCUGCUCAGAUCAAUGCUUCUAUGUGCAAUACUACAUGUGAAUUGUUUGAUUUUGUUUUGGUUUUUUGUCUCCAAACAAAGUGUUUGAGCAGUCAAAUUUCAGUGUUAAACAGUUUUUCAAAAAUAAAUGGAAAGUACUGACAAUGAA